AGAUUUGUUUAGACUGGCUUAGUAGUUCUCGGCGUGCCACUGCACGGCCUGCUGGUGCUACACACAUUGGAUGGUUACAUUGACCUUAGCGCCUGUGCAGGCAUUGUAUUUGUGUGUAAAUAACAUGUUGUAGCUAGCCAGCUAUGUCUACAACCUCCAAAGUGGUGUUUGGGAUUUCUCUGACUCUUACAUUGGCAACCGUUGCGGGAGUGCAUAUUAAGCAGAAUUGGGACAGAGAGAAACUUCGCGAAGGAGUGUUUCGAGACCUGGAGAGGCUGGAGAGGAAGAAGGAGAACCUGCGGCUGCUGGAGGAGCAGAUCAGCCUGACCAAAGAGCUGGAGGCAGAGCGCCAGAGGAGCGCAGCGGGACCCCAAAGCCCCUAG